CCAUUGCCACUCCAACUCCUUCCAGGACCUAGGCGUGGGAGGAGAUCUUCGGGAAGGACUCGGAACAGAGGAACACAGGACGUGGAUAGCUCUCCCACCCUCUCCCUCUAGCAGGACGCCGUAAUUGCAGCUAUUUCCCCUGACACGCACACUGAUUCCGGAGGAGAUGCAAGGAAGCAAUUGCAAAAUUUAACAGCGGACUGACAACCUUCCCUCCUUCCUCCACGGCAAAGCGCAACGACACAUGGCUGCUGCAGACAGACGGGGUUGGGAUUGGGGGACAUACAUGCAAAUAGACGCACCCCUUCGAGGGGCUGGGGCACGCUGUGGUCCUCCUCGGCAGCGAGCAUCGCAUCAAGGGGCGGGGGUGGCGCAGGGAAUGGGCGGAGGAGCUGGAGGCAGGGCGAGGGAGAGAGCCCAGCUCCCGCAACGCGGGGAGGAGGAAGGAGGAACCGUGGCGGUGGGAUGGUCCGGAAAUCCUGUGAUAAAAAGAGGGGCGCGGGGGAAAAGUAGGGAGCUCAUUCUCUCUCCCCACCACCGCAUCCGCAACUUUACCCGCAGCUGUCGGGCUUAUGGGCUCCGGCUGGAGCCGCUAGGAGCGGAGCUGAGCGGUGUGGAGAGGAGCGGAGACGCCGCAUUCACCUGCCGCCGGCCCGGCAGAGCUCAGCACAGCGCCCGCCGCCGAACGAGGCUGCCCUCUAAGGAUUCCUGGUCUCUGUGCAUGUGAGGUGUGAAGGUGGGCAGCACACUGAAGCCAUCACGAUGGAUUUUGUUAUGAAACAAGCUUUGGGAGGGGCUACAAAAGACAUGGGGAAGAUGCUGGGUGGGGAUGAGGAGAAAGACCCAGAUGCUGCCAAGAAAGAAGAGGAACGACAGGAAGCCCUCAGGCAAGAAGAGGAAGAGCGGAAAGCCAAAUAUGCCAAGAUGGAGGCUGAAAGAGAAAUUAUGAGACAAGGGAUUCGAGACAAGUAUGGGAUAAAGAAGAAGGAAGAAAAGGAAGCAGAGGCCCAGGCCACACUGGAAGCUAAUGCAGAAGGGAGUCUGACGCGCCCAAAGAAGGCGAUUCCUCCUGGAUGUGGGGAUGAGGAGGAGGAGGAAGAAGGAAGCAUUCUAGACACAGUCAUCAAAUACCUACCAGGGCCCCUGCAGGACAUGUUCAAGAAGUAAUAGCUACAGACUGUUAAAUGGGCAUAAACAGUACUGCAAAGGAUUUCUCUUUUGCCCAAUGGGGAUUUACAAUCUUGCCAUCCAUCACACAGCCCUCCCCACCUCUGCCUUCUACUGCUCACUAGGAGUCCCCUUGCUUCCCAUUCCCUUUCUUACUGACUUUUUCCCUUCCCUACACCCCAAGAUUUAUUUAUUCCUUUUUUGUAUAUAGCCACAUCCAUUAGAUGCCUCCGAAUGGAUAUAAAGAUUAAAAAGCUGCAGACUACACAACUUUUAUUAUAAGCCAUAGUACUAUGUAUGUUAAAUAAGGCAACUGUACACUAAACAUAGAAAAGGAACAAACUCAUGUGCAUUUCCAUCCAAAGCAGAAAGGAGUGUUCACUAAGUGUGAACAGUGGCCUCUUCAAUUUUAUUUAAUUCUAUUUUUGUUUUUAUUGAUAAUAAUUAUUGGUGAUUAUUAUUAAUGUUCUUGUUAAUUGGCUCGCACUAGCCAUUUUUUGAUGAGCACAUCUGCCCUUUGAAGGGGUAUCUCAUUCUCUGACUGAAGCAGAAUUUUCUGUUUUAAUCCCAUCACUGGCAUAAAUAAAAGAUCAUUUGGAAGGUAAAUCAUGCAUGACUUACAUAGCUAACAUCACUCAGAACUGUGGAAGAAGUGAGUCAUAUCCUGGUAGAAGUUAAAUGCCUCAGAAUCUAAGCAAGAGUCAUGUUAGUUUGGGAAUUAGCCAUACAUUUAACUUAAAAGAGCAGAUUUGGUCAGACAGUUGCCAUACAGAGAACUGAAACCACAGGAGAGUGCAUGGUGCUCUGGUAGAGGACCUCCGCAACCCUUUUGAAGCUAGUGACCAAGUACAUAGGCUGCUCUGAUUAGCUAGCCUUCCUCUUUCUGCCCAGUGCUAUUUUCAACUGCAUCAUUCCCAGCAGUGCUUGCAGAACAGACAUUUGUUUCCAAGUAUAUAGUUGUGGCUGUGUCCUGCCCACCCCUUCCUGCAGUGUGUGGGAGAGUGUGGUGGCCUGAAUGUUAGCCAUGGUGCUGGAGAUCCAGAAAUCCUGGGUAUGUCUGCUCUAUAUUAUGCUAAAUUACUGCAUUGCAUUGGGGAGAUCACUUAUUUUUCUUCCCCCCACAGCUUCUCCAGCUGUAAAAUGUAGGUUUCUGUCUUUGCCUUCUAAAAAGGCAUAAAGUGAGGAUGCUUCUCUAGUGCUGUGCUGGAGCUAAUUAAUACUAUACCUGUGUGUGUCAUCCCUUGAUGCCAGCAGAGUGGGAGGAAAUCCCUCUCUCACCACUAUCUUUGUUGCUUUUCACAGACAGAGGUACAGAGGGCUUCUCUAUACAGCACUGUAGGUAUUGAGUAUCUGCAUAUGGUAAGCGAAAUUCUGGUACAUACUUAGUAGUGCAUACACAAGCUUACAUAUAUAGACAUAUGUUGAACACAGACCCUCAUGAUCAGGUGUCUGGCUUGUCAUCUGAAGAGCUGAUCCUGGAGUUUUUGCAUUUGGCCAUGUCUCUGUAGUUACUGUUGUGAGAGUGUCAUGCCAUCUCAGUCUCAUAAUUUUCUAUGAGUAUCAGAGUUUGUCUGGCAAAACUAGCAUUGCUUGUCCCUGUCAUGGGAAAAACAAUAAUUUCCUAAGUACAUGGAAGAGAUUUGGAAUCAAAUACGUACUUUCUACAGACAAAAAAGGAAAGCAAUCUCAGACACUUAAUUAUGUACCUGAAUUGAGAAUUUUAUUUCAUGGAACUUCUUUGAUGCACUUGUUCAGUGGAACUGAGUUUAGACAAAUAUCUCAGUAUUUUCCUGAAUAAGAAAUUGUAAAAGACAUUUAUCAUAUUCUCAGGUAAGCAGAAGAAAUCUGCACCAUGGUUAAGGCAGUGAGCUUGUGAACUCUGUGCCUUUUAGCAGUAUCUCUCAUAACAGGGAAAAAUAUUAUGAAAGAGAAGAAAUUUAUUUAUUUUGCCCUACUCACCCAAUUCUUAUUCAGACAUGAUAGUUCUUGUUCCUUCACAAAUAACUUCCACUAUAAGAUUUCACCAAAUCAAAGGUGGAAGCAGAGGAAGUUUUACUGAUCUACAAGGCAGAAUCAGCUGAUAAAGAUGCAUCUGAUUUCAGGCUGCAUUUACAAACAAGACAUGUUCAUUCAAGUGCAAGCUGCCAAGGGCUUCCAAAAGGAAGGAGAAGGCAGGUUUUCCCUUUCAGAUAAUGUCAGUAGUUUUUUGCCCUAACUUUCAUCUAAUGCAAGAUGAGUGUCUACCCCUAGGACUUUAAUGACCCAGAACAUUCUUUAUCUCUGAAUCAAUGCUUGAGUAUAGCAUAGCAGUGUUGAGCAAUUUACUAUUUUUUUAGGAGGGUGUCCUACUUGUCCCAUGAAAUUCAGUAACUAGUAAUUUGAUCCUACUUCAGUAAACCUCAAAGAAUUGAAAAUUUUCUUUCUGUUGCAAAGGAAGUGAUUGUUUAUGAUGCUCUGCUACACAGAAAACUAAGUCCAACAUCCCUGAAAGACAAAAGGCAGAGUUUGACUCUUUGCUUCAGUCACUCAUUAGUAGAGAAAUCUAUCCCAGAUCACACUGCAUCCUCUAAUACAUAGACAGAACCAACAGAGAUGUGUCCUGGUUAAAAGGAACACAUAAAUUCAUAUUUCCCUGGUCUUGUGCUGAAGAACUCUGCAAACAAAUAAACAAAAACUAUGAGCUCAUCCUGCUUUGCCUUGGCCUUUCACUUCCACUCCCUUGUUGACCUUUCCCUACCCCCCAUCAUGUAUUCACUUCCUCAUCCAGCUGAAUACUCCUGUCACAGAAUUGUAAUUUUCUGCCUGGUGUCCUUCUUGCAUUGGUACUGGCAAUUGUUUGUUUUCACUAGUCUCCCUGGUAGCUUGAUAUGUGUGUUUGUGCACAUAUGUGUGGAAGAUGAGGAAAAAAGAGAAGAAAGGGAGAAGAGAGAGAAGAAAAGAGUGUUUGCUAUUUUUUUCUAACUGUGCUUCAUCAGCUGUGCCGUUGAAUGAAUGGUCCAGGUCAGGAUCUUUUGUGGUCUGUGCUCAAAUUUUGUAAACAGCUAGUGCUAUCUCUGGGCUCGGAGCAUGAAAAAUACUUCUUUUGUGAGCUGAGCUCCUGAGCUCUGUGAACAUCUGAAUACAAACCCUGAAGAGGGCCAGAAGAACUCUAUGCUGAGUUUGUUAGGCCUCAUUGCCAGGCUCACAGAGCAGGAGGGAAAGGGAAGGUGGUUUAUUAAAUAAUGUUUGAUGAGUCUUUUUCAUUGUGGGAGCUUCCCAGCCCAGCUGUUAUCACUUCUGUAUCUCAGCUCUCCACACUCCCAACAGCCCUGCCUCCAUGGACAGCAGAGAGUUAAGCUAGGUGUGUACUGGUAGUUCCCAUUCUAAUUUUCAUUUUCUUUCAAUAAAGACACAUAACAGAAGAUCUACCACAGGUACUGGACAGGUUUUGUUUGGUUUUGCCUCACAGAACUUUUGGCACUUUGCGUGAGUUCUGGACCUCUCCUCAAGUCACUCCACUGUCCCUGAAGUGACUAAGCAAUGCUGAACAAACUUGAGAGCAGGCACUCUCCCCACCCUGCUGUCCCAUUUCCUUUCCCACUCUGAACUGGCAACAUGGAACACAGACACCUUUCGCUUGUGUAUGAAUGUGAGAAGUAUUGUCUCAGACAAUUUUCUCCCAGAACACUCAAGACUAAAGAGAAGCAUGGUUCAUUGUUUUGGUUCUGAAUCUUUUUGUCUUUCCAUGACAUUGUUUUAUUUGCAUCACUGGUCUGUUCAAUCUCAGGUAAAUGAGGUCUUCACGUUGAUGGUGAUUGGUUGGAUGGCUGGUUGGUUGGUUAUUUUUUUGUAUGGAUUUUGGUUUGGUUUGGUUUUGGUUUUGGUUUUAAAUAGUUUUUAUUUACACAGAAAUGUUGGUGGCUAGAUAUUGCAGUCAUUUUCCUUCACAGCUCCAAGACCUUACUGGUUAGUAAAAAAAAGGUUAAAGGACCUCCCCAUUAGGAGGGCAAAUAAUUUAGUUUGCCACUGACUUUGUGAACUCACAUUUAUGUUUAGAGAAAGCCAUAUGAAAUCAGACUGCAAUAUUAAUUAUGAAUGCUACUUUUGCGUUUAAAAUAAAUGAAACAAAAUAUAAGAUCAUGUGCUAAAUCACUUUGGAGUUCCUCUGUGUUUGUAGUGUCAUAUGUUGGCUUAGGUCCCUUCCAAACUCCUCUACUUUGUCAAGAAAGACCACACCAGUUAUGCUGAAUACAUCUUUUUGGCAAGCUUGCUGUGCUAGCAUAAGCAUUGUUAGAAUUAGCUUUUGAGACCUCAGUGUAAUGUCUUAUGUACCUGAAAGCUGCCUGUACCUGUUCUGAAUAUAUGUUAUCAGAUUAAGUGUUACUUCAGUAAAAUGUUUCUCAGUAAAAUGUUUCAGUACUGCCAUUAAAAAAAAAAUGCUGUAUUCUCUUUUUCUCUCUCACACACACAGAAGAAAACUCAACUUAGCCAUGCAUUUUCUAGUAGAAAAGCUUCUAGGCUUUCUUUCAGGAGCAUGCAGUACUCUGCAAGCAACUAGAUGGUUUAAAGUAGAGACUUUGCGUACGGGAAUUUCGUUUGUUAUUUGCCUGCUAAUUUUUCCUGCAUGACAUGGGUAAAUGGUAUGAUGUUCUUUUGAAAUGGAAUCACAGCCAAUAAAAAAGGUGAUUUCAUACA